AUGUCACUGCUUUUCCUUCAGAUGUUAGUGCUUUCAUAUCUUGGAGCCACAGAGCUACAGAGAAAUUCACAGCAAAGGAAAAGCAGAAGGCCAUUUCAGAACCUUCUCUACCUGGACAAAAAUUUGUUUGAAAGUCAAAGUUCUCCCGAGCUGGUAAGCGAGAACCCAGUAGGAGUUGAAGAGACCCUGAAAGUACCCAGCUUUUUUGUAUCAAUUCCACAGACAGCAUCUGGAAGUGAGAAGAAAGAGGAGAAAAAAAUGUCCAGAUUCAUACUUCCCAAUGCAGGAUUCCAUGCAACCCAAAACCCGAGAACGUGGGUUGCACCCAGAGAGAUCUCUCCUGUGGAAACCUUCUCUCCACCCCAUUAUUCCAGAAAGAGAGAGACUGAAUUUCCCUACAGAAAAGAUGCCAAGAAAUUCUGGGACCAUUUCAUAUUAAAGAAAAAUUCAGCAUCUGAAGAGGUUGUCUUGCCAAUCAAGACCAAUGAAAUGCACCAAGAAAACUGCAGAACCCUGCCUUUUGCCCAGGGUGUUACUCAUAACAGCUGUGAGAAGGUGACACUACAGAAUAAUCUGUGUUUUGGAAAAUGUAGCUCUUUUCAUGUUCCUGGUUCAGCAGAUCAUCUUUAUACCUUUUGUUCUCAUUGCUUGCCUAGCAAGUUCUCCAUGAAGCGCCUGAAUCUCAACUGCACUGAUUCUGUUCCAGUAGUCAAAGAAAUCAUGAUUGUAGAAGAGUGUAAAUGUGAAACUCGGAAGAUUAAAUACCCUGUGACGGGAUCUCUACUGUCAGACUCCUAUGAAAAUGUACACGAGCACAAUUGA